CGACAUUUGUAUAUCUUAAAAUUCAUUAUAAAAAAGUAUAGAAAUAAAUGGCAGUUUUAACAUCCGUACUUUCAGCAGAACGAAAAAAUCUUCGUGCAUGUCUCUUAUGUGGCAUUAUCCUUUCAUAUAAACACUUUUUAUCACAGGGAUGUCCUAAUUGUGAAAUGCUUCUUCAGAUUUCAGCAUCAGAAGAUUCUGUGCAAGAGUGUACAUCACCUAUUUAUGAAGGCGUUCUUGCUGUAAUGCAGCCCACGGAAUCUUGGGUAGCUAAGUGGCAGCGUAUUAAUCGGUUUGUUGGUGGUGUUUAUGCUAUUCGUGUACAAGGACGAUUACCUGAGGAGAUAAUUGAACAGCUCGAUCGUCGUAAUGUCCAGUAUCGUCCUCGUGAUGGGACAGUGGAUGACUAGAUUGUUUAUUAAUGGUAAAUUGACGUAUCUUAUCAUUUUGUGGAA